UCUUAAUUUUUWAAUAUUUUUAUAAAUAGAUUCAGCUCUUCUGAUAUGCGAGCCAGCUCCCAACGUUCACCUACAAGAGCCGGCUCUUAUAGCCGACUCGCUCGUGAAAGACCCAUCACUAUUUGGCACCACCACGCUGCUGCGGACUGUGUGAGGUCCUCGUUCACAAUUUGGAGAGCUUUUGGGAAAGCCUUUGGAGAACUACUUCUCGAGACGAGUACAACAAUAUAUUACGUGCUGCCUGACUUGUACUUGGGGAACUUCAAAGAUGCGAGGGACAGGGAACAGCUAGCGAGGAACAACAUCACACACAUCCUCUCUAUCCAUGAUAGUGCAGCCCCUAUCCUGCCGGGGAUGACCUAUCUGUGCAUCUCAGCAGCAGACCUGCCCACACAAAACCUGAGAAUGCACUUUAAACAGAGCAUCAUGUUCAUUCACGAGUCACGUCUCAAAGGAGAGGGUUGUCUGGUCCACUGUCUGGCGGGUGUGUCUCGGAGUGUCACCCUGGUGGUGGCCUACAUCAUGACGGUGACAGGGCUGGGCUGGCAGGAGGCUCUGGCUGCUGUGAGGGUGGCUCGGCCCUGCGCUGGGCCCAACCUGGGCUUCCAGCGCCAGCUCCAGGAGUUUGAGACCAAUCACGCUGACCAGUUCAGGGAGUGGCUUUGGCAAUUAUACAAAGAGAGGCCCUUCAACGACGAGGAUGACAUCCGCAUCCUGUUGGCCAAGAGUUUCAAACCCAAUGGGGUGGGGGUGGAUGGGAAUGUUGAGCCGUCCACCCCUCCAGGAUUGCAGGGUACCUGAGAUCCCUUAUCCAGGUCUGAAGGCUUACACUGUGGGAUGAUACCACUCUGGCCCCUAGAGGGUGGGUGGGGGGGUUCUUUCUCUGUCAGUACGCUGUUAGACCAGUCUCUGUCGUUGUCCCUCUACUGGAGAAGACUGGGGGAGGAUGGGUCGAUGGAUGCACCAUUUUGAGAAUGUUUAUUGAUGUUUUAUUAUGGCUAAUACCACUGGUUUUAUUACCCCUAAUUUAUAUACAGUAUUUAGUUAUACAUGGCACGUUCAGCAUUUGUACUUGUUUUUCUAAACCUCGAAAAUUUAUGAUAUUGUUGUCACGUCAGCUUUUUUGUGCAUUAAUAAAAGGAUUAAAG